GGGCACGCACCGCACGGCACAGCAAACCACAAGCGAUCGCGAGGGACUUCAGCGACAAACCGGCAAUUUGUUCAGCGCGUAUUGAAAGUGAUUUUCACCGACGUGUUUUUCGUGCUUGUGAAUUCGAGAGAGAGAUCCAUUAGUUUUGCAAUUCAACAAAUAAAUUAUUUUGUGUUCCAAUGGCCGCUAUGUCUGUCAUAGGUAUUGAUUUCGGCAAUGAAUCUUGCUACAUUGCUGUGGCAAAAGCAGGUGGCAUUGAAACAAUAGCUAAUGAUUACAGCCUUCGAGGUACACCAUCAUGUGUUGCAUUUUCAUCCAAAAAUCGAAUAUUGGGAGUUGCUGCAAAGAAUCAGACAGUUACAAAUAUGAAAAACACCGUUUUUGGGUUCAAAAGAUUGUUAGGCAGGAAGUACUCGGACCCACAUGUGCAAAAAGAGCUGAAGCACUUCCCUUUCAAGGUGGAACAAAGACCUGAUGAUGGAAUUGGUAUCCGGGUCCACUAUCUAGGUGAAGAAAAUGUUUUCAGCCCUGAACAGAUAACAGCAAUGUUGUUUACAAAGCUCAAGGACAUUGCAGCAACGGCCCUCGGCACUCAAGUAAAUGACUGUGUCAUCUCCGUGCCCAGCUACUUUACCAAUGCUGAGAGAAAUGCUCUGUUAGAUGCUGCUGCUGUCUCUGGGCUCAAUGUGCUGCGACUUAUGAAUGAAACCACUGCCACUGCUCUCGCCUAUGGUAUCUACAAACAAGAUCUGCCUGCCCCUGAAGAAAAACCUAGAAAUGUGGUUUUUGUAGACCUUGGACAUAGUUCCCUUCAGGUGUCCGCAUGUGCCUUUAACAAGGGCAAGCUGCGUAUGCUGGCCACUGCCACUGACGCCCACUGUGGAGGCCGCGACAUAGACAUGGCAUUGGCUGAAUACUUCAGUCAGGACAUCCUAACUAGACUUAAGUUAGACGCUAGGAAAAACCAGAGGGCUUUCUUCCGUUUGAUCCAAGAGGUAGAGAAGUUGAAGAAACAGAUGUCAGCAAACAGUACUAAACUGCCUCUCCAUGUUGAAUGCUUCAUGGAGGAAAGAGAUGUGUCAGGCGAGAUGCAGCGCUCGCAGAUGGAGGAGAUCUGUGCUGACACCUUCAACCGCGUUGAGAGGACCCUUAGAUCUAUACUCCACAAUGCUAAACUUCGUCCUGAGGACAUCAACUCUGUGGAGAUCGUGGGUGGAUCUACAAGAGUCCCUGCCGUUAAAGCUCUGAUUGAACAAGUCUUUGGGAAAGUUGCUUCAACAACACUUAACCAGGACGAGGCGGUGUCGCGCGGCUGCGCGCUGCAGUGCGCCAUGCUGAGCCCGGCUGUGCGCGUGCGCGAGUUCAGCGUGACCGACGUGCAGCCCUACGCCGUGCGCCUCGCCUGGGACGCGGCGCGCGGCGAGGACGGCGACCUGGAGGUGUUCCCAGCUUUCCAUCCGGCACCAUUCUCUAAAAUGCUGACAUUCUACAGAAAGGAACCAUUCUCAGUCAGAGCCUACUAUACCGACCCCGUGCCCUAUCCCGAUUCGUUCAUUGGUCAAUGGAACAUAAAGGAUGUUCAGCCGACCGCUGAGGGCGAAUCACAGAAAGUAAAAUUGAAAGUGAGAGUGAACAUUCACGGAAUCGUCACUGUCGCGUCAGCGUCAUUGGUUGAAAAGAAAGCGGACGCCCAGAGUGACAGCAUAGAAAUGGAAAACGAGAACGCGAGCAACCAGGAAACGCCCAUGGAAACUAACGGGUCACAAGAGCAACAGCAGAAUGGGCCCGAGAACCAAGAGGAAUCUGACGAUAAAAAGGACAAGUCGAAAGACAAAAAGAAAGUGCUUGUGAAGACCGUCGAGUUGCCGAUCGACGCGCGCACCCACGGCUUCUCGCAGCCCGAGCUCAACUCCUACAUGGAGCAAGAGGGCAAGAUGCAGGCGCAGGACCGACAGGAGAAGGAGCGCGCGGAUGCGCGCAACGCGCUGGAGGAGUACGUGUACGAGCUGCGCGGCAAGCUGGGCGAGGGCGAGGCGCUGCACGAGUUCGUGGAGCCGGCGCAGCGCACGCGCCUCGUGGCCGCGCUCGACGCGCUCGAGGCCUGGCUCUACGAGGAGGGCGAGGACCAGAACAGACAGGUGUACGUGGACAAGCUGACGGAGCUGCGCACGGAGGGCGAGCCCAUCAAGCAGCGGCGCCUGGAGUGCGAGCUGCGGCCCGGCGCGCUCGACGACUACUCGCUCGCCAUACAGCUCGCCAAGAAGGCCGUCGACUUGUACAAAUCGGGUGACGCGAAAUACAGCCACCUGUCGGAAGCCGACAUGGCUACGGUGUCGGAGGCGGCGGCGGCGGCGCUGGCGUGGGUGGAGGCGGCGCGCCAGGCGCUGCAGCGCACGCCCCGGCACGUGCCGCCGCACCACACCACGCACCAGAUCCGCCAGGAGCGACAGAACUUCGAGAGCACCGUGAAUCCGAUCCUCAACAAACUGAAGCCCAAGGAGAAGUCCCCGCCGCCGGCCUCCACCGGCGACGGCCAGGCGCCCGCGCCCGAGGCCGCCCCCGCGGCUGACCAGAUGGACGUUGAGUGAACACCCCCCCCACCCUACGACGCUCCAGCGACACCUACUCACGACUCGUGACUGUUCAUCGUGAAUAUAUUAUGAAAUUAUUUAAGGCUCACAUAUUCAUUAUCACCUUGACGAUGUUACAUUUACCCACAAUUUAAACCGUACCGCAUUCACGGGGGGCACUUCAGAGAAAAGCGGUUUGAGUACCUAUUAACCGAUGUCCCACUAUGCAAAUAUAACAUCUGCGAGAGGAUACUAGUACGACUCCUUUUAGUUGUAGUGAUGGGGCGUUGGCAUCACAUUAGGUCUUAAUCCAAGAUAUUGGACUCCCCGGUGGCCGCAGCGCGGGUCGCUGCGCCAGCGUACCUAAUGCGUCACUAUUUUAAGAUUUAGUUCUGAUGCGAUGCGUGAGCGUUAUAGUACAGCGGCCAGAUGGCCUAAAACACCAUUCGAUGUGACUGGACAGUAUACUACCGACAAGUGGUAUCGUUGUGUUCGGUAGACUCUACUGAGUACGAAAUAACAACUUGUCACUUUCUAAGAGUGUGGGGGGGAUAACUGUGACGUCACAAUAUCGGCAGUACAAAGUUUUAAACUUUUUUCUUUUAAACAUACCAUGUGGGGUACCAAAUGAAAGGGCUUUGUGAGUAGAUUACAAAUAUAUAACAUACUCUAACAUUUUCACUACUUGGUCUAACAAAUUAUUAUAAAACGUUUUAAACUUUCGCGGUUUGAACACAUAUUAAAUCACAUUUACACACAUUGUCACACAAAUCUCUAUUUUGAUAUCUCUAUUUGAGUAUACUUGUCCAGUCACAUCGAAUGGUGUUUUAGGCCAUCUGGCCGCUGUACUAUUAUAGGACCUAUCACUGUCGGUUAUGGCAAACACCUGACGACUCGUCUUUUUAAAUGUUUCGAUGUGACUGUGCUUUUUCUGUUGAAAAAAUCCAUAAUCGACAUCCUUCGAUAACUUGCGGAAAAUAUUACUUGUCUAUAUGAACACGUGUCGCUUAAUAUUUCUAAUAAAUGUCUAGAGCUUAAAUUAUUGACUCGAUACUAUCUAAUUGGAAUCGAUUUAGGAACGCUGUAUGUAUGGGCUGUAUGUAUUAUGUAAUUGUAUUAUAUUACUAAAGAGCAUUUUUUCAACAUCCGCGUUGUUCUAAAUUAGUAAAGUUAGCGAAAUUGUAUAUCUAUAAAUUAAAAUGGAGUCUGUCUUGAUAAUAAACUUGUACAUUACAAAAAUAUAGAAUUUAAUAAACAGGUCGAGUCCAGUUUCGAAUAGUCAGUGGGCCCCUUUAAGGUUUACAAGGACCAAUUCUGUAUCAUCACGGAUGUCGAGCAGCGACCUACUAGACUGCGGUUACGACAGCGCGGGUGAAACGUUAACGAUUCACUUGUAUGUUGUUAGGUCAGAUAUGUGAUAUUAUAUGUAUCGGGCAGGUUUCGGCUCGCAACAUAGCCACUGAAGUAAAUUCAAAGUAAAAAAUAUUUAUUUUGUUAGCCGACCGCAAAUUUUAUGUUUGGUGGAGCCUCCAUUAAAAGAGCGAGUCUACGUAGGGUAUUUUUGCCGUUAUGCCCUUCUGUUGGAGGUCGAUGGCUAACACGAUUUUACAGUAAUAAUAAUUAGAUUUGAAGCAACGCUGAAUAGCAUUAACCAUUAAUAUGAUUAAUUUUAAAUUGUGAAUGAAUGUCUUUUGUACCGUUAUUUUGCAGUCCGCUCGUCUGAUUAAUGAUUACGUUGUUGAUUGUGAGAUUGUUAUUAAAGAUUUGGAAAGUGAGGUAUUGUAUAAUAUGCACUAAAUAUCGUUUAGCGUAAUUUUAUUUAGUUAAUGUUUUUAACUUAAAAAUGUAACUGGAUUUAAUGGAUAUGAAAUUGAUAUUGGUUGAUUUAAAAAAUCCCGCACACCCCCAACGCAGCUUUUCCAAUCAGUACUGGCUUUAGAUUUCCUUUUAACCAAGGUCAUUCCACGAAAAAAGUUACGUGAGUCGCCAUGACAUGCGUGUUUUUGUAUUCAUGAUGUAACUUUAAGCGUAAAUAUAACCAAAGAGGAUAUCUAUAAGGAUAGAGCGGUACUGUCAUAGUAAAUUUUGUAACCAUAGUAAAUUCACUGCCAUCUAUCGACACACUCUAAUACUAAAAAUGAAGAUUUAUAAAAAUACGAUAAAAUGUAUUUAAAUAUGGAUAAAUAACUUUUUUAUUUUCAUUAAUUAUUUUAUAUGAUUUUGACCCAUGUUCUUUCACUGAUAUGCGUUAAAAUUGUUAAAUAACAAACGAAACCGUCAACGCCCUCUAUACGAGAGUAGGCCAAAGGUAGUAUCGCCAUCUGAUCGAGAAUCAAAUUUACGUUAUUUUCGAGGCACGUUUUUUCCUUAGACUGCAUCCAUCUAUUACGGAGUUAUAUCUAUCUUUGAUAUAACGAAUGGGAUAAUACGAGAGACUAGAGGUAAACCACUUCAAUUUUCAUCAUGAAUAAAUCGAAACACGCAAUUUAAUGGUGACUGGCGUUCUCGUGGAAUAAUCAAGUGCAUUUGUUCAAAUGGUAAUCACCGAGAAUACUUUUAUAGCCUGACGCUGCAUUGAAAAUUACGGCUUCGUAUUUACUUUACAAUUCAUAUUUGACAAAAACAUUUACAAAGUUACGUAAUAACCAUGUUAUAGGUAUAGGUAACUUUCUUUAAAAUAAUAACUUUGGCUAUGUACUCUAUGACUAAUUUAAAUUAAACGUAAAAUUUGAAUGAACAAGUCACAUGGCUUCAUUAUUUUCUUAAGAUGCUAAGCAUGUAUGUAAAUUCUCGCAUUUAUUUACAAUGUGUUGGGUUUUAUUUAAAAAAAAAUGUUAAUGUAGAAUAAAGCCUAUUUUUAUUAAGAGUGGAACAAUCCCAGCCUUCUAUAGUUUGAACAUACCAGUCAAUUAUAGAUGGAGUGACUCUUGGACAAUGUACACAAACAAGAGAUGAUGGUCACAUCAUCAACAAAAGCAUUAUAUUACUAUCUACUUUAAUUUGUCCAACUUCUAAGAACGUUUUAAUUUUAAUUAUACAUAGAAUCAUCAUACGCUCGCAGGAUUCAAAUUCGUUGUGUCUCAUAGGCCUCAUAGCAUUUAUUUUUUUAAUCCUUAUUAUUGUGGUUAUUUCUGUGAUGAAAUAAUAGUCAUUAUUUUGUCAAUUGGACUUUUCCUUCCACACCCAACAAAGUUGGAUACAUGGGAGCUUUGACGUGUCAAAAAUAAAACCAGUACCUACCUUAAAAUAAUUUAUCAAUAUGAGUUGUCGUAUUAUUGACGCGUUGCGAGUAGCCGUGUACUGUGUACCCGUUAUAUGUACGUUGUGAAACCCUCUAAUUUGUCACUUCAAACCAAAGAGGAUAUAAUAGUAUAGAGCGGUACUGUCAUAGUAAAUUUUGAAGCCACAGUAAAUUCACUGCCAUCUAUCGACGCACGAUUGAAACAAAAUAUCAAAAAAUUAUUUAUAUAUGGAUAAAUGAUUUUUUUUAUUUGCAAUAUUUGCAUUAAUUAUUUUGACCCAUAUUCUUUCACUGAUAUGCGUUAAAAUUGUUAAAUAACAAAUGAAACCGUCAACGCCAUCUAUACGAGAGUAGGCCAAAGGUAGUGGCGCCAUCUGAUCGAGAAUCAAAUUUUCUUGAUUUUCGAGGCACGUUUUCCGCAUCGUACCCAUCGUAUCGUAUCCAUCUAUUACGGAGUUAUAUCUAUGUUUGCUUCAAACAAAUCAGCGGCGGUAGAACGGUCGCAUUUUUAUCGCUUGUCACCAUGCCUGUCACGUUCUAACAAGUAUUGUAAGUGCGAAAGUGACAGGCAAUAAAAAUGGAACCAUGCUGCGCCCGCUGCUUUCAUUAGUUUAAGGCGGUUUAACUUUUGUUUUAUACACAUGGCAUAAGAUAUAACACUACGUGAUGAUAUUGUGAUAAAUGCACAGCAUUUAAUAGUGUGACAAAACGCAGUACUUUUUCUUAAUACUAUAGUUGCUAAACACUGGGAUUUGGAGCAAAUUAGUCUGACGUCUUUUAAACUCUUUUAAACGCCGAGAAGGGACGUCUUCUUUUCCUUUUUGGUUUUGGUGAGAUAGAUGUUUUUUUAUCUCAAUAUUCGCAAUAAGAAUAUUCUCACUAUACAACCCGCCUACAAAAUGUUUAGGUGAUCCUAUUAAAAAAAAGAAUGCUAGCACGGGUAUGUUUGAAUGUGUGCUUAAAGUAUUUUUAACUUAACAUUAUCAAUGUAACACACUGGAAAAGGUCCAUUGGCCUAUUAUUUACAUUCUAGCAAAUGGUUCAACCAUUAUAUAUUAUUUUGUGCAUUUUGAAUGUUAAGAGCUUAGUAAAUGAAUGAUUUAACAAUA